UAUAUGUGUGUGUGAGUGUGUGUACGUAUAUAGCAUUUGCAUGGUAAGAGAGAGCGAGACGCGCUGGUGGAUUGCCCUCACAGCGCCCCCCCCUCCCCCUUCCCUGUCGCGUCUGUGCUGCGCGUAUUGAUCGGUGGCAGCAGCAGCAGCAGCAGCGGCAAAAAGAAAGAAUGGGGGGAGUGAGAGAUGAAGAAUACGACGGGGACGACACACACACACAUAGGAGUAUUGGAAAAGCAGAGAGUGUGCUCCGCGUGAGUUUGAGUGUCUCUGAGCGAGAGAGCGCGAGACGCAGAGAACCAGAGAGAGGGGCUGCUGUGUGCGCGCGCGAUGGAAAAGAGGGAAGAGAGAGAGGGAGAGAGUGGGGAAAGCCACAACCUAAUCAGCGCAGCCAACCAACCAACCAACCAACCAGCCCAGCCAACCACGGGGAGGGCUAGGAAGAGCCCAGAGAAAGAAGGAUGGGGGUGAAGAGCAGCAGCAGAAGCUUGGCCAGUCCUCCACCCAGCCAUAGGGACCGAUGGACUAGGAGACGCAGGCGUGGGCUCCUCUCUCUCUCUCUCUCGGCCACAGAGCAACUAGAUGAAUUCACAUACAAAUGACUAAUGGACAUGAGUUGUCUGUGUGUAUGUGUGUGUUGUAUGCAGCAGUGCAAAUUGAUUUCCAACCCGCCCCAAAUUUGUGUGAGGGCUUUAAAGGAGGAGCAGAUUGGCAAGAAAAAGGGCAGACAUGGGCUGGAAUCGGGACUGUGAAAAGGAACUGGAACGGAUUUGGAAAAAAAAUUUUUGGAAAAAAUUGAAUUUGCAUGAUCUGUUUGAUGUUAGUUUCUCAACAUGAAAAAAAAUUAAAAAUUAAAAGGAAAGUUUAAUUCAUAAAUAAGGAAAACAGUAAUCAAAUGUAGAUUUUUUAACAUUCAGCGUUCUCUGUCAAAAUAUCGUGCGCCUUUAAAGAGUACCGUAGUUUUUUGAUGUUUCAUAAGUUUUCACCAGUUUUCUUAAAUUUAUUGAAAAGGUGGUUAAUUUUUUAACUAACAUCACGUGGUGUCAGAGAGUUUCAUUUCGGUUUGAUCUACCUAGAUCUACAAAAAACGCGGGAAAAGAGACGCAGAGUUCUCAACUGAUUUCGUAUGGUUACGACCGUGUUGACGUCACAUAUUUUUGGGCGAAAAAUUCCCGCAUUUUUUGUAGAUCAAGCUUUAAUGAAAUAGUAUCACCACGUGUAACAUCACAUUUUGGAAGAAAAAUCAAUUCAAACUCAGCAAAAAGUUAGUAACUACAGUAAUUUUUAAAGGCGAACCCACCGUAUUUUCGAAGUUAGCAUUCCCAAAACUAUUAAAACCACGUUAAAUCCCAUUAAAAAUUAUGUUCCAACAAAAAAAUCCUAAAAAUAAAAAUGAUGAAAGAUCCAGGUAAGCGAGAAAAAUUAAAAACCAGGCUCUCAGGUACAGUAAUUGAACAAUAUAUAUAUAUCCAACAACCCAUUUUCCAAAAAAAAAAUUCAAUUUUCAGGGACUGGAGAGUCCGGCAAGUCAACGUUCAUCAAGCAGAUGCGAAUUAUCCACGGUCAGGGAUAUUCGGAAGAGGACAAGCGAGCACACAUUCGACUUGUCUAUCAGAACGUGUUUAUGGCCAUACAGUCUAUGAUACGAGCGAUGGACACAUUAGAUAUAAAGUUUGGUAACGAAUCAGAGGAGCUGCAGGAGAAGGCGGCUGUGGUGCGGGAAGUGGAUUUCGAGUCGGUGACGUCUUUCGAGGAACCCUACGUGUCGUAUAUCAAAGAGCUAUGGGAGGAUUCUGGUAUUCAGGAAUGUUAUGAUAGGAGGCGAGAAUAUCAGCUCACCGAUUCAGCCAAAUACUAUCUCUCCGAUCUCCGACGGCUGGCGGUGCCAGACUAUCUGCCAACCGAGCAGGACAUUCUGCGUGUUCGUGUGCCAACCACUGGUAUCAUUGAAUAUCCAUUUGAUUUGGAGCAGAUCAUCUUUCGAAUGGUGGACGUCGGAGGUCAGCGAUCAGAAAGGCGGAAGUGGAUCCACUGUUUCGAAAAUGUCACCUCAAUCAUGUUCCUGGUGGCGCUUUCCGAGUAUGAUCAGGUGUUGGUCGAGUGUGACAACGAGAACCGAAUGGAAGAAUCGAAAGCUCUGUUCCGAACGAUCAUCACGUACCCAUGGUUCACCAACUCAUCGGUCAUUCUAUUCCUGAACAAGAAGGAUCUGCUCGAGGAGAAGAUUCUGUACUCGCAUCUCGCUGACUACUUUCCCGAAUAUGACGGACCCCCACGCGAUCCGAUCGCCGCCCGCGAGUUUAUUCUCAAAAUGUUUGUCGACUUGAAUCCGGACGCCGACAAGAUUAUCUACUCUCAUUUUACGUGCGCGACUGAUACGGAAAACAUUCGGUUCGUGUUCGCCGCCGUCAAAGACACAAUUCUACAGCAUAAUCUGAAGGAGUACAACUUGGUGUAAGAAGAAAGUCGCAUGUCGGAUUGGAUGAUGAUGAUGAUGAUCCAUCUCUCUCUCUCUCUCUCUCUCACUGGGUCGAGUGAGACACCACCACCUAAACCUAGGAAACAUUUUCUUGUACUCCUUCUAAUUUUUGUUUUUUUUUUGCAAAAAACUUUCUCUCUCUGUCUGUCUCUCUCUCCAUCUCUUCCUUAUUUUCUUAUUUUCUCAUUUUCCUCCCUAAAACAAAUGCUCCUCCCGAAUAUUCUUUCCAUAUAAGCACUUUUUUCUUCUUUUUUUGGAUGUGCUUUCUGAUAUAGCUAAUGCAAAAAGAAACAAAACUUCUCUCUCUCUCUCUCUCUCUCUCUUUCUGUCCUGUCUAUACUCAUUUAUCAUCACAAAAAGUCGGUUUUCACAUCCUUCCCUACCCAUCAACCUAGUUUCCGGCAUGCAAAAACACCACCUAGUCUCUCUGUCAUUCACAAAAAAAAUUUUUUUUUUUGUCUUUUUUUUUCUCACAAAAAUCCCCACAACAAACCGCCGCUUCUUUCGUUUUUUUUUGUCUUGAUUCAAAUUUUUAUUUUUUUUACCUUUCUAACAAUUCUAACCACAAAAAAAACACAUUUUUCGUGUUGGACAUAGUUUUUUUUUCCUCCUCAACUUCAAUUUCUCCCACCCACAUCCACAUAAUUCAAAUAUUAUAACGUUUUUUUUGAGUUUUCACCAUAUUUUUUUCGAAAAUUAUCGAAUGCUUUCUCCACUCCCCUCCCCAAACUUCACCCUUACCCUAAAAAUCCCGUUUUUCAUAUUUUUUUCCCAUCAAGCUAACCUCGAAAUCCUCCCCCCCACCCUAUUUUUUUCCAUUUUUCAUCGAUUUUUUUUUGUCAUUUUUCCUUCUUCUUCUUCUCAACCGAAAAAAAAACCAUCCCCCAUCCACACACCAUCCCCCCUUCUUCUUCCCCAUUAUUGUAUCGACUUUUUGCGAUAGUUUUUAAUUUCAUAUUUAUUUCUAUUAACAUUGAUCUAAUUUUAUGUAAAUGUUUUGUGGACAAAAAGAAAUGGUUGAAACUUUA